CGGAAUAUCCCAGGCCGCGCGCCGCGGCGUGGCGUGGCGUUGCGUUUGCGUUGCACCUUGACCUUGCACGGCUGCCUCGUCUCGCCCCUCCAAGCGCGACCACCGCCAGCCAACGCCACUCCCCGAUUCGCUCCAAGCUUCUCGCGGCCUUGUUUGGCGGGAAUCCGCUCGCGCCAUAUCGGUUCUUGGUUUAUCUUCUUGUGGUGGUGGUCAAGAUUGAUGUCCUGUCUAUCUUUUGUUCGUUUAUUUCGUUUCAUCGUCGGAGCAGUUGAGAUUUGAGGUUUCCUCUGGGGAAAGAUUUCUCGUCUUUUGCUGGUCUAGUUCACGUUUGCUGAAAUUUCUCGUCUUUUUGGCUGGAGAAGCAAACGUUUGGACGAAAAGUAUCGUCUUUGAGGGAAGGGGCUAUCAAUCUUCGAAGCCAUUGCCGCUCACUCGGUUGGAGCUAGUCUAGGGGCGUAGAUUUGUACAGAAAUCUGAGGAAAAAGGCGCUCUUUUUAGCUGCCCAUGGCCGUGCUGGAGGAUUUGAUCCGGGCGAUUGAGCUCUGGCUGCGGAUUGCUAAGGAGCAGGUCCCCUUGGUGGAUCCCACCCUCGACCCGGUUCUGCUUGUCCCUGGCAUAGGCGGCUCGAUUCUUGAAGCCGUUGAUGAGGCCGGGAACAAGGAGAGGGUGUGGGUGCGCAUCCUCGCUGCAGAUCAUGAGUUUCGAGCAAAACUCUGGUCCAAGUUUGAUGCCUCUACUGGUAAAACUAUUUCUGUGGAUGAGAAAACACAUAUUGUUGUCCCUGAGGAUAGAUAUGGACUAUACGCUAUCGAUAGUCUGGACCCAGACAUGAUCAUUUGUGAUGAUAGUGUUUGCUACUAUCAUGACAUGAUAGUGGAAAUGAUCAAAUGGGGAUAUCAAGAGGGCAAAACAUUAUUUGGAUUUGGUUACGAUUUCCGCCAAAGUAACAGGCUUUCAGACACACUUGAUAGAUUUUCCAGAAAACUGGAGUCAGUAUACACAGCUUCUGGAGGGAAAAAGAUCAAUCUCAUUACUCAUUCAAUGGGAGGAUUGCUUGUCAAAUGCUUCAUGUCCCUCCAUAGUGAUGUUUUUGAGAAAUACAUAAAUAGUUGGAUUGCAAUUGCAGCACCAUUUCAAGGUGCACCUGGGUACAUAACUUCUAGUCUGCUGAAUGGUAUGUCUUUUGUCGAAGGAUGGGAGUCAAAUUUCUUUAUUUCCAAGUGGAGUAUGCAGCAAUUGUUGCUUGAGUGUCCAUCAAUUUACGAGUUGUUGGCUAACUCAACUUUCCAAUGGGAAGAUACUCCAUACCUACAGAUCUGGAGAGAGAAAUUGGAUAGUAAUGGCAAGAAAAGUGCCAUGUUAGAGUCAUAUGAGCCAGAUGAAGCAAUAAAAAUGAUUAGACAAGCUCUUUCCAAGCAUGAGAUAAUUUCUGAUGGUAUGCACAUCCCAUUACCCCUUAAUAUGGAUAUAUUGAGAUGGGCAAAAGAAACACAAGAUAUUCUAUGCAAGGCAAAGCUUCCAGAAUCAGUGAAGUUCUACAAUAUUUACGGAACUGAUUAUGAUACUGCUCAUACCGUUCGCUACGGGAGUGAACACAAUCCAAUUUCAAGUCUCAGUAGCCUCUUGUACACUCAGGGCAACUACAUCUGUGUUGAUGGUGAUGGAUCUGUACCAGUAGAAUCAGCAAAGGCAGAUGGCCUCAAUGCGGUGGCAAGAGUUGGGGUUGCUGCUGACCACCGAGGAAUCGUCUGUGAUCGCCAUGUGUUCCGGAUAAUCCAGCACUGGCUCCACGCUGGUGAGCCCGACCCGUUCUACGACCCUCUCAGCGACUUUGUCAUACUCCCAACAGCCUUUGAGAUUGAGAAGCACCGCGAGAAACGCGGCGAUGUCACAUCGGUUCGAGAGGACUGGGAGAUCAUCUCCCCCUGCGACGAUGAAAGGAAGAGGCCAGCUGAGCUUCCUCCCAUGUUCAACACAAUAUCGGCGUCUCGCGAGGGUAAAGAUGGCCCUCUGGAAGAGGCGCAGGCUACCGUCGUCGUUCAUCCAGAAAGCAAAGGGAGGCAGCAUGUGGCAGUCAGGGCUGUUGGAGUCACCCAUGGCGGCUAGUCUCAGUCAUACGAGACACGGUUGUCAAGCAGCUGGACCAUAGCACACACUAAAAGCAAAGUGGACAGUGUAAGUACAAGAUGUCCUUAGCCAUGAACUGGGUGUGUAAAUUUGCUGCUUUGUAAAUACCAGAACUGAAAAACUUAUAGCCACUGGAUUUACACAAUAGAUAUUUCAUUAAUCGAUGAAAACAUACGGCCACUGGAUGAUGAUAUGAAUGCAAAGGAUUCUAUCAGGUGCUUGAAAUGAUAUUACUGAAAAAAAAUGACCAGCCUGUCUCAGUUGAUCAAGCGAUGAGACCUAUUUGUUGUCA